AUGGUUGAAGUUGUAACAAAUUAUGGAAUGUUAGAAGGUGAGAAAUUAAAAACAAUAACUGAUGAUAGUUAUUACUACAGCUUCAAAGGGGUCCCUUAUGCCGCACCGCCUAUUGGUAAAUUGAGGUUCAUGGAACCUCAACCAUUAUCACCAUGGCAAGGUGUCAAAAAAGCUAUCCAACACGGACCCGUUUGUCCACAGCACGACAUAUUCACAGGCGAGAAAAAUCUAGGCAGCGAAGACUGUCUUUACCUAAACGUCUACACACCUGAUAUUGAACCGACAGCCCCUCUACCAGUCAUGGUCUUUAUUCACGGAGGUGGGUUAAAAAGCGGUUCGGGUAACGAUGACUUCUUUGGGCCAGACUUCUUGGUGAACCAUGGAGUCGUCUUGGUCACUAUAAACUACAGAUUAGAGGUUUUCGGAUUCCUCUGCUUGGACACCAAAGAGGUUCCUGGCAACGCUGGUUUCAAAGAUCAGGUGGCCGCCCUUAAGUGGGUCAAACAGAACAUAUCUAAUUUCGGUGGAGAUCACAAUAAUGUUACGGUGUUCGGUGAAAGUGCUGGAGGACUAUCUACGACCUUACACGUUUUAUCCCCACUGUCCAAAGGAUUAUUCCAAAGAGCUAUUGUAAUGAGCGGGUCACCAUUCUGCGACUGGGCGCAAUCGUUUGAACCGAGAAGACGUGCAUUCGUUCUCGGCAAGCAGUUGGGCUUGGAAACGGACGAUCCCAAUGAACUAGUAGAAUUCUUACAAAGCGUUCCAGUGGAAAAGCUAAUUGACGUAAACCCAUGUAUUCUAUCAUGCGAGCCAGGCAAAACCUUCAUAAAAAUGUUCCAUUUUACAACAGUCAUCGAAAAGAAUUUAGGCCACGCGGCUUUUCUACCAGAUGAACCAGAGAAUAUACUGAAAAGCGGUAAUAUCAACGAAGUGGAUGUUAUCAUCGGGUAUACUAGCGAAGAACUAAUUAUUGGAUUAUUGGACAAAGAUUUACCAUCAAAAUAUCGGAAUUCUGAUGAAAUGUUGGUACCUAAAAGGAUUCUGUAUAACGCAACGGCCUCUAAAAUAUUGCAGGCGUCGGACUUAAUAAAGAAGCACUAUUUGAAAUCGAAAGAAAGCACAGCACGAACUCGGGAACUAGUGAGGUUCUGGUCGCAGGUUGUCAUGAUUUAUCCUAUACAAAAACUGCUCACUUUACUAGCCGAGACUGGUAAAUGCAAAACAUUUUUCUACAAAUUCUCCUGUGUGACCGAUAGAAAUGUUUAUGGCGCACUCGGAAAGGAAUAUGGAAUCCAGGGUGCCUCACAUCUGGAUGACUUGUUGUAUAUAUUUCAAGCGAACUGUCUAAAUGUCCCUGUAAAUAAAGAAUCUCAAAGCUACAAAAUGAUUACACAGUUUUGCAGUUUGUUCACAAACUUUGCUAAAUACGGGCAUCCAACCCCCUCUUCAUGGGGAUCCACCACUUGGCCGGAAUACGACACAAAAAGUAAAGCGUAUUUGGAUAUCGAUGAAAAACUUACUGUAGGCAACAACUUGGAUGAAGAUGUCAUCCGAUUCUGGAAAAGAAUUUAUGAAUUUGUAGGAGUCCCUUAUUAG